UUGUGAAUUCUGUCCAAACUCUUUGCAGGUCUUAGUUAGGUCAUUGUUGGUGCCACCUUCUCGACAAGUUUAUGAUCACCUAAGAUAUCCAGCAAACUACCAAAGAUGGCAAAUAUGGGAGGUGGAAAUAACAAUCAUGGCUCUUCAAAUGCUGAUAAAGGGUUCCCCAUGUAUCCAGGAGGUUACCCUAAUCCAUCGGGAUACCCUGGUUAUCCUGGUGCAUAUCCUCCGACACAAGGAUAUCCUGGUGGACCAUCGGGACAAUAUCCUUCCUCCGGUGGAUAUCCUAGUGCACCACCAAGGCAAUAUCUGUCUACCGUUGACUAUUCUAGUGCACUACCACAAUAUCCGCCAUCCGGUGGUUACCCUGGUGGACAAUAUCCACCGAGCGGUUACCCUCCAUCACAAGGUGGUGGGUACCCUCCAGGAGCAUAUCCUCCGUCAGGGUAUCCACAUCAACCAGGCUACCCGCCAGCCGGUUACCCGGGUCAUGGUCAUGGCCCACCAAUGCAAGCUCCCCCUCAAGGUGGUGGCAUGUUAGGAGGCGGGCAUGGUGCAGGCGCAGGAGGCUUCGGAGCGCUGCUCGCCGGAGGCGCCGCGAUGGCGGCUGCGGCGCUGGGAGCUCACGGCGCACGGCCCGGCGGCGGGCACGGCAUGUACGGCGGCCACCGUGGCAAAUUCAAGCAAGGAAAGUUCAAGCACGGCAAGUUUAAGCAUGGGAAGAACAAGAAAAUGUUCGGGAGAAAGUGGAAGUGAUGAUCGUGCAGACUGACUAAUCGCUGAUGUUAAUUAAUUUGCGUUUUAAUCUGGACACGCCAGAUAUCUCGAUUAACUAGCUCACUGCAUUAUACUCCUUUUAUAUUUUUUAUAUGAUAUCGUUGAUUUUUAUGUUUAAA